UAAAAACAAGCUCCUGUAUACGGCAACUGUCAAAGUACAGCGAGGGCACCUACUGGUAUUUUUACGAAACUGUUAUACGCGUUUUAUCGAUAAUAUUAUGGUUAAGAUUACUCGAUGUUCGAAGUUUCAUGUUUUGGUAUCUACAAUAUGUAUUUGGUGGGCUCUUCUUGAAAGAUAUGGGUCCGUAUACGGAAGGCUUUGUUCAGAAGCCAAUGUCAUUGACGGUGAUAUAUUGUUAGAUAAAGCGCCGGCUCGAACACGUAGAGCAGCGACAGCAGAGAAGGUGAAAUUAUGGCCUGGGGGAAUUAUUCCAUACGUUAUUGCUGAUCAUUUUUCAAAUAGAACUAAAGAAAAGAUUCGAGAAGCAAUGAAUCAUUGGCAAAGCUAUACUUGCUUGGAUUUUGCAAAAACUGACGAAAAAGACUAUGUAUACAUAUACAGUGGAAAAGGUUGUUGUUCGCAUGUUGGACGUUAUGGAGGAAGACAGCGUUUGUCUUUGGGUAUUCGUUGUGAUACUUUCGGCAUUAUUGUUCAUGAACUUGGUCAUGUUGUUGGGUUCUGGCACGAACAGAGUCGACCUGACCGAGAUACCUACAUUCAAAUUCUUUACGACAACAUUAGUAAAAACAAAAAGUUUAAUUUUAAGAAAUUGCAGAAGGAAGAUGUUGAUUCACGUGACCAGCGUUAUGACUUUCAUAGUAUCAUGCAUUACGGCUCAAAUUUCUUUGGCAAAAAAACUGGCGUUGAUACAAUUCUUCCCAAAUUUGACGAAAUAAAAAAAGAAGAAUUAGGAAAACAGUACUUUUCAACAUACAAUUUUGCUCUUAGUAAACAAGAUGUGAUUCAGACGAAUCUCAUGUAUCAAUGUAAUAUAUUCAACGAACACGGAGGCACCAUUUUUGCAAAAUCAGGAAGCUUUCAUUCGCCAAAUUAUCCAUUUCCGUAUACAGUGUCACGUGAUCGUAUUUGGAUUAUCACAAUUCGUCACUCUAAUAAAACUUCACUUACCUUGAUCUUUGACGAUUUCUCAGUCGGAAGCAGUGAUGGUUCGGGCACAUGUAAGAAUGAUUAUUUGGACAUUAGGAAUGGCAAAGGAUUUUUAUCGCAAUAUCUUAUUCAACUAUGCGGUAAUAAGAAACCUGAUCCAAUCACUGUGUUGGGAGAAAGCAUCUAUAUCCGACUGCAUUCACAGCUUGUGACGCGCAACAACUAUAACAUUAAGAAAGGAUUUGCAGUUCGAUUUAAAACGGAUGAAUGUAGCCGAAAAAUGAUAAACAUGAAGGAUUCCUUUAGCACUCCACGCUUCCCACAGCGUUAUAGUCCCAACAUGGACUGCAUUUGGCAGAUUCGCGUUCCCAAUGGUUAUAAAAUCAAGAUAACAUUCAAUGAAUUCCAUCUAAAAGGUGUCGACAACAAGAUAGGUUGCUUAGAUUAUGUUGACCUGCGAGAUGGUGAACAUCCAUUUUCCACAUUUUAUGGUCGUUUCUGUGGUAAUAACAAUCCUGGCAUAAUCAUGUCUACUUCUUCGAAAUUUCGAAUAAUUUUCCAUUCGUCAUCACCUCAUAAUGAAACAACUGCAGUUGGAUUCAGUGCAAGUUAUGAAAGCAUCGAUAUCGAUGAAUGUGAAGAGAAAGUAUCAGAAUGCGAACAAGCAUGCGUAAAUAAACCAGGUAGUUAUGUUUGUGGAUGUCGUUCUGGAUUCUCAUUUGUCCGUGGUUUACAUGGAACAUGCGUAGAUAAAAACGAGUGCGAAGAAAACAACGGUGGAUGCUCUCAUGGUUGUGAAAACACGAUUGGUGGUUUUCAAUGUACAUGUCCCAGAGGUCACUACCUUGUUUCUCACGACAAGAUUUGUACAGACAUUGAUGAAUGUGCACUUAAUCCUUGUUCGCAUUAUUGUGAAAACUUCAUUGGUGGAUUUAAUUGUUCGUGUCGUCAUGGAUACAAACUGAAUGACGACAAAAGAACAUGUGAUGAUAUCAACGAAUGUUUGAGCUUUCCAUGUCCUUUCAAGUGUCUCAACAAAGACGGAAGUUUCAAAUGUGUAUGUCAACCUGGAAGAAUAUUUCAUGGAAAGACAAAUAGUUGUCAAGUGUUGUCAUCAUGUAAUGUAACUUACAGUAAACCAAGUGGAGAGAUAACUUCACCGAUUUUAUCUAAACCCUUACCACACAAUAUUGACUGCAUAUGGAAAAUACAAGUUCCCCAAGUGACACACGUCAGCAUCAAAAUAGACGUCCCUUGGCGACGCGCUCAAAAUUGCUUCAACUACAUAUUGUUGCAAUACAACUCUGAUGAAAGCUUGAAAUCGAAAAAAAUUUGUGGAAAAGAAGAUUUCAGAGAGAAAAUCGAGCUAAAGUCUAAUGACAUAUGGAUCAUAUAUCAUGUUCAGACGUCGCAAAAAACUAAAACUAUGAUAUCAUAUACCAGCAGUAAGAAAAACGUUCAAUGUAAAAAGAUUUUAACGCAAAGCAAAGGAACAAUAAAAUCACAACAUUUUCCUCAAAAAUAUCCGGCCAACACUCGCUGUGAAUGGAGAAUAAGAAACACUGGGAAACAUCAACUUUAUCUAAAAUUUGACUUUUUUGAACUGGAAAGGGAAAACUCCUGCAAAUAUGAUUACUUAGAGAUCAAGUUAAGAACACUUAAUCGAAGGCAUCAAAGAAUUCUGGGCAGAUAUUGCGAAAGCAUAGAACGCAAGUUCAAGAUAUCGCCUGGGAGGGAACUAAUUCUCAUCUUUAAUUCAGAUUCGACUAUUCAAAGGCGAGGAUUUCAUGCUUACUUUUGCAGUAAUGCAAAGUUAGAUUGUUAGACGACUAUAUAAUUUAUCGACACUGUUCGAAAAGCACUUGCAGGUUGCUUAACUUAUUAGGUGCAAGCUCUAUCCAUAAAUGAUAACAUAGCCAUCAAAUACAAAAUAUGAAAUAGGCAUGUAUAGUUUAUUACUUGUAUAAAAACAUAGCAGUUACGGUGUAUAUAAUGAUAUCAAUAAAUGUGUUUUUGAGUUUUUGUUCUAA